UUAUAAUUUGUAAUGCGAAUUAUAAUAUAUUUCUUUAAAAAUAUUUUUCCGGUAAGAUUAACUUUGUGACGACACGCUGUUCGAUUGAUUCGUAUUCCAUAAAUUUCUAGCGUCUGAUAAAAUUUAGACGUUAAACGCUGAUGGAAUUUUUUUCAUCUUACCACUGUCGAGUUAAGCCGGAUCAAGGCGGAACUUGCAGAUGCUCAUAUAAGUACGCGCGUACUUAUCGUCAUCUUUGAGCCGCACGCGCAGUAUGAUGUGUAUAUAGUUCUUUGCUCGAUAUCUCGGCGUGCCCUCGAUAAAAAUAGGAAACGGUAUUUUAUGACAUCCGCGAAAAGCAGAUUUUCUUGGGGGGUAUUUCUUUAAUAAAUUAAUAUCGAUUAAUAUCGUCUUUAUAUAUAUUUUGCUUGAACGACUUAGAAAUAAAAAUAUGAUGUAUAUCUCUGAUAUGGAAUACUUGAAAAAACUUGUAUAUUAAACGUUCAACGACUAUAUCAUGUUUUAUUAUCGGAGGUCAUCAGUUUCGUCGCAUUAAAUAAUCAGAGACGAUUUUUUAUACGAUAUAUCGCACCAAAAUUUUCCGAUACGCUGACGCAUCUAACUUAACGACAAUUCUGUUCUGUUUGAGUACCAUUAUGUAAUAGACAUCUGUAUCACAUAUAUAUACACACACACAUACGUAUACAUUUACAAUUCCCCGAGCUUUACCCAACCAUCAUCUACUCCCACUAAACCGCGGUAAUCCGCGAGAUUGCGAAUCUCCUUGUAUAUCUAUCUGCUUUAUUGCCUGCAACGUUACGAGUGCAAAAAGAGCCAACGUCGUUUAAGAAAGCUUUAUUUCCCCAUCAGGAAAGUCUAUACAUAUGUCUCUCUUGUUCGCUUAUCGAUACAUGUUAUUGUAAGUCGAAGAAAGAUUGUAAAGUAAGGAUCAAUCGAUUGGAUCUCAUGUUUCGUUCUCGGGUUCUGGGUUCUGUGUGAUCACGUGUAUGUUCAAUGAUAAUCGUCGCGGUGCUCUCGACGUCUUCUUUAAACGAGAAAAAAUAUACGCAUCUUCUCCCUGACAGAAACUAUAAAUCUCUCGAGUACAACAUCGUCGGCCGGUUUGACCGUUGAAUCGAUGUUGAAGACUUGUCAGCUUGAUCGACACGAUUAUCGAGCGAUCGUCGAAGAGGAGAAUCCCUAGAAGAGCGGCAACGUGAAGGACGAUCAUGGACGAUCGGGAGAGUCCGUUUGUGCGAGCGCAGGCCAGCAGGAGCCUGAUUCGGCCGCAGCCGCGAAAAUUUGCAUGCCUAUCACCGUCGCCCGCGAUGCGUCAGAUGACGAAUCGAUCGCCGAUCGCGAACCGCGAGCCGACGAGUCCGAUGGGUGGUGGAACGCCACCGAAACGGCUCUCGGCGUCGCACACGCCCUUGGAGAGUCUGAAGCAGUGGGAGCUGGUGGAGGACGACAGAGGUCUGCAGGUGGUCGAGAAACGCGCCGGCGCCCUCAAUCCGAUCAGGCCCAAGGAGGCGACAGUCCCCGGGGUCGCGAGCCCGUUUUACGAUCACUCGACUCCCGUCUCCGGACGAAGAUUCGGCAGGACGAACGUGGACGCGAAUUUGGAGGAGAAACUGCGGGUCUUCGAUCAGUCGAAGAUCGUUCAACCGAUCGGGCUGCCGCUCGCUCCGUCAUUGGCGGAGAGCAAAGCUCAGCCGCUCAGUCUCGAUCUGAUUCUGAAGCAGCAGCAGCAACAGCAACGUACGUCAAGCACGACAGCCGAGAGCACCGACAUGCUACAACGUUUGGAACAGCAAGUCAAGGCCAUCGAGAUGAGCACAAUCGCCGCGAGGACGCGUCAGCUGGAGAACAGUUCGGAUUUCGGGCCGGAAGUGCAGCUUAGGUACCGGGAGCACGAGGAUCUACUGCGAAACGUGACCGACGACGAGGUCGAGGGGGCCUCGCCGUUGCAACGCGGGGAUGCGACGCGGAAUUCCACCGGAAAUGCCGGAAUCGCGCCAAAGAAGCCCGCCGUUAAGUUGUCCAGGACUGCCUCGGACACGCGGCGCGGACAGGAAGCGGAGAUGAGAGCGCAGUCCAGGAUGCCGCAGACUCGCGCGCUCGUUCGGCCGAUAGUUGCCAAGAGGGAACAUCAGCAGCGUCAUCAGCAACAACAACAGCCGAAUAACGCGGCGACCAGCAUCCCGCUCAGGCCGCUGUCAGACAUCAUGCAGAAGAGUAUUCAAAGCGAGAAGGAGACGGGGGAUGGCGUAGGAGUGUCGAGUACCGGAGGUCGACUCUCUUCGAGGAGUCGAACCUCCGAGGAGCCUCACAUCGGCAAGUACAAAUUACUGAAAACCAUCGGCAAGGGUAACUUUGCCAAGGUGAAACUUGCCAAGCACGUACCCACGGGAAAGGAAGUAGCCAUCAAGAUCAUCGAUAAGACUCAAUUGAAUCCUGGUAGCCUUCAAAAGCUGUUUCGAGAAGUCAGGAUAAUGAAGAUGCUCGAUCAUCCGAACAUAGUAAAACUGUUCCAAGUAAUCGAGACUGAAAAAACUCUGUACCUGGUAAUGGAAUAUGCCAGCGGCGGCGAGGUCUUCGAUUAUCUGGUCCUGCAUGGUCGGAUGAAGGAGAAAGAGGCGAGGGCGAAGUUCAGGCAGAUCGUUUCUGCUGUGCAAUACUGCCAUCAAAAAAAGAUUAUUCACAGGGACUUGAAAGCCGAGAACCUGUUGCUCGAUAGUGAAAUGAAUAUCAAGAUCGCCGAUUUUGGUUUUAGCAAUGAAUUCACACCCGGUAACAAGUUAGAUACAUUUUGCGGUUCGCCGCCUUACGCCGCCCCGGAGCUCUUUCAAGGAAAGAAAUACGACGGCCCGGAAGUCGAUGUAUGGUCGUUAGGCGUAAUCCUGUACACACUGGUAUCCGGUUCACUGCCUUUCGAUGGUUCGACGUUGAGGGAAUUGAGGGAGGGGAAAUAUAGGAUCCCAUUUUAUAUGUCCACCGACUGUGAAAAUCUUCUCAAAAAAUUUUUGGUGCUCAAUCCGACGAAGAGAGCCUCACUAGAGAAUAUAAUGAAGGACAAAUGGAUGAACAUGGGAUACGAAGAUGACGAAUUAAAACCGUACUUAGAACCUGAACCCGAUUAUAGAGACCACAAGAGGAUAGGUGAGUCUGCCAAGGCCCUAGCCAGUUUGGGAUACACUCGAAGCGAGAUAGAGGAUUCCUUAGGACAAGCGAAGUACGAUGACGUAUUCGCCACGUACUUGCUUCUAGGCAGGAAAACGACAGAUCCUGAAAGCGACGGAUCACGGUCGGGUAGUUCAUUAUCGCUGCGUAACAUUCCACCACAAGUCAGCUCGGGUGGUGGAGGUGGCAGCAGCGGGGGAACAGGUGGCGCGGUACAAAGCCCAUCGCACAGAGGUGUUCACAGAAGUAUUUCUGCUAGCAAUCCAAAACCCAGUAGACGGGCCUCGUCUGGUGGUGAAACUCUUCGAGGCGCGCCAAGUCCGGGUAAUGCAACGAAUCACAAUCACGCGACUGCGGUAACUGGCGCAGCUGUAACUGGAAGCGGUGGUAGCAAUUUUAAACGACAAAAUACCGUGGACGCAGCUACGAUUAAAGAAAAUAGCGCUCGUGUUUCUGCAAGCCGGCCCUCUGCACCGAAAAACAGUCAACCGCCUGGGCAAUUAGAUACCAAACCACAUCUAAUGAGGCUUGCAGUGACAAUGUUCAUUCUAGGCGUGGGUACAAGUCCCGGUGGUAAAACGAGGGUAGGCAAGAGCAACACAAUGAAUGCAGGAGUAGGUGGUGGUCGACCACUUACCUCACCUGCUCCUGGUUCUGUUGGUCGACGUAGCACCAUCUCCUACGAUCAAGCGAAAACAUCAUCUUCAUCUACCGAAAGAACCAACGAAGUACCCAGCCUGGGCGAGGGCACUAGACCGACGCGGGGUCACACCAAGUCUGCGAGCAUCAGCGCAGGUCACCGUUCCUCAAGUGGUGUACCCCCCAGCGACCAUUCACUACUGGACCCACAACCACGCAACGCCCACAACUCCUUACUCGCCACCGCUGACCCCCUUAGGCAGAGCUUGGGUGUAUGCGCGAGCAACAGACUGGCCACAGCCACUACGCCAGCGUUUCCACGGAAUGUACCGAGUCGCAGUACGUUUCAUUCUGGCCAAAAUAGAGCACAGCGAAAUCACACUCAGGGUCACACACAAACGCAGGACACGAAUGCGAUUAGCCCUCUAGCAAGGCCGUCCUUCUUCUCGAAAUUAUCCUCGAAGUUCUCCAAACGGCCGUGAACCGUAUAAGCUUCGCUUCAUCUCUCGAGUUCCUUCCGACAAGCGAAAGGCCAUAGAGACACGGGUUUUAAACACGACCGAUGUGCCGACCAAUGUCGUGAGCAAAAAUAAGAACGGUCGACUGCUCAACGGAUAUUGUGUGAUGAUGCAUAUACAAUAUAUAUGUACGAGAAAACUCUCAGCUCCGUUAUUCUGUGGUUCUCAAGAUAGUUUUCAGUGUAUAAAUUACAUUUUUUAGGAAUUUUUUACAUAUAUCGUCAUACAUCGCGCGUCAUCUCCGAGCAUACAUAUGAUAUACGUAUCUACGUUUAUAUUCAAUUUCACAUCGUUAUGUAUAACGUAUAUACGUAUAUACACAUGUGUGGUAUUAUAUAAUUAUUAAAAAAAAGGAAAAAAAAAAAGAAAAGUGACGUCUUCCUGAAAUCACGAAACAGGAGAUCGCCUUACGCACUUAGAUAUAUAGCACUGGAAUCUGUGCCUUUCCUAUUCAGCCUCUGCCUCGUAACUAUAUGUAUAUAUACUUUACGUCGUCCGUUUAAGGAGAGAAACCCUUGAUAUAUAUCUUGUGUAUAUUUUUGUACCAUUUUUCGCGGAGAUUUUAGCUUAUUUUUGUCUCGCUUUCGUUUGUAAAGUAAAAGAGUGCAAAAAAAAAAAAUAUAAUUUUUACGAGAUAGAUAGCGAUGAUAUAGAUGCCUUCCCCGACGUAAAGUAUUAUAAAUCACUAAAAUGUUUAAGAAUAAGUGUAUUCAAAGACACUUAUUAUAUUUUUUAAACGUCGAGAAUAUUUUUACGUAGCGGCGGAUGUGCGACAGGCAUAGAUCGUUUUCCCGUUAGUUUAAAAGUUAGCGAUCCCGCAAAUGUGAUGAGAAACGAGUUUUACUUGUAAAUCAUACGACGCAUACAAAAGUAUAACGCGAAAGUCUUUUACACAUUUCUCUGAUUAAAACUAUAAUACGAAAUUCUUCUUUAUCUCUCUGCAAUAUUUUUUAUCGAUGAUGAGAAAGACACGUUUACACAUGUUCCUUGUUUUUUUUUUCUUGUAUUACUUACUGUUCUAAGUAUCCCUUUUCUCUCUAUACUGCCCUCAAAGGGAUGAAAUCGACAGAAGAUGCUUGUUAACGUGAUCAAAGUAUAAUAAAUCCGCGAUUACACGACACUAGUGAAAUUUCACGCGCGAGUGUGUGUGAGAGAGAAAUGUUAUAGUUAUACUAACACUAACGAACGAACAGACAGAUUUUUCUAGCGAUAACAGAGUACAUAUAUGAUUGUUCGUACUUUGACAGAUUUUUUUAAGUGAAGGAGGAAGUCUCGCCUUGUUUCCCACGAGCUGAAAUGAGAGCGAGUCCCGCAUGCAGAUAUAUCGCGCCAUGGCAAUCGCACCUUCUACCAAUGUAUUGUUUUAUUUUGUUUCGAUCUUUUCUCUUAAUUCUUUUUUUUUUUUUCGCGGAUUACAAUGUGAGGAAUAUAGAAUAUAAUGUUGUAUAUCUCUUAUAAAACAUUAUUUAGUGCCCUUUUUCUUUUUUCUUUUUUUUCCCUUCUUUUCCUUUUCUUUCUUAGGAAAAUAUGUUGGAUAGCAAUAACAUUUACAGUCAUAAUACGUGUAGAAUCUGUAUCGUGUAAAAAGAUCUUUUUUUUUUACCGCCAACGAUUGAAGCGUAUUCUCGGUACUGCACUCGAUACUGCAUGCUUUUCAUAUUUUCACGUAAUAUAAAAUGUUCUAUCUAUGCCGCUAAUUAAAUAAUACGACGUUAGUACAAUGUAUGGUCGACCAAGUUUCAUAUGUAUACUAUUUUACUUCCCUUUUAUUUCUUCUUUUUUUUUGGCUUUUUGUUGAUAUCCAGCAUAGAUUCCUUCUCUCAAAGAUAGCGUGGAAUUCAUGUCUGGUUUUUCUUUUUUUAUAAUAUUAUUAAUAACUUUAUAAAAUAUUGGCUUCUUAUUUUGAUUUUUUCAUUUAAACGAAAUUUAGAAGGAGAUAUAUUUUUUAAAACGAAUGGAUAUGUAUGUUAUCAUAUACAUAUGAAAUCUGUGUGUCUGUAUAGAAACUGACAUAUAGAUAGAGCUAUAAUAUUUUUGUCUUAUAAUAGAUAUCUUGUGCGGCUUCUCGCGUUAUUUACAGAUAAUUUUGAAAUUAUAAUAAAUAACGUAUUUCUCUUUGCGAGAAGAUGAAAAAAUCUAAACAGACAAAGGAGCUAAUUCAAUUAAUAUUUAUAAUAUGAAGGAAAAAAACGAUAGUUUUGCAACUUGACAUAUUUCAUACAUGUACACAUUUUUAUAUUACUUUCUGAAUUAAUUUUUCUGCGUGUUCUAUCUAGCACGCCAAUUUAAAAUUGUCAGUAUAAUUGCAUUUAUUAUUUAAGACAAAUUGAAACCAAUUUGGUAACAUAAACACAUUACGAUUAAACAGAAGCACAUAUGGAGAUGUGCGAGAAGUGUAUCAGGCAUUCCACUUUAUCUUUCCUCGAUGAUUAAUGUACAUGCUUUUCAAUAUGCGAUUACACAGAAUUUUUUUUUUUAUUGGGAGAAGGAAUUCCAUCUGUCGAGGUUUUGUAAACAAAUAGCAACAGAUUACACACACAAAAGUUUUUUUUAUAUUUAGUGUUAUUAAAACUUCUUUCUCAUUUCUCUACAUACAUCAGCAGUUAUAAACACUGUUCCGAUGCUGAUCUCAGAAUUGAUAAAUGAAUUAAUCUUAGAGUGCUAUUUGAUUGCAAUGAACGGCAAUUUCGAUUUUUUACCCACCUUGCUUUAAUUUAUUUCUAUUCUAUUGAUAAAUAUAUUCUUUUGUAAAAUUGUAUAAAUUAUUGAGAACGCGCUACACACAAUAGAACAUAUUAUUCGAACAAGGCAGGCCAUAAUUGGUACUUGAUUUAUUUGUAUAUUGAUUAAUGUAUCCUAAUCUACAUUGUAUAUCAUCGUUUAAUUAUUAGAAAUAUACAAUAUUCGAGCACGUAUAUUAUGUCUUUGAUAAUCUUGUUGUUAUAACACAAUGAAGAUAAAUAUUAAUUUUAAUUCACUUGUGGCAAUGAGCGAUACUGUGCUUAGUACAAUAUGAUAUAAUGAAUUUAAUUAAAAUAAUUGUUAUUUAUAUAGCUUUUGACCAAGAAAGAAAAAAAAUAGCUUUUAUAAAUUUCUUUUAUUUAAGUUAUUUGUAUAUCGUAAAAAUAAAACUAUAUAAUUUUUUUUGUAUAAGAAAAUGUAUAUUUCUUGUAACAUAUUCUUUUUUUUAAUUCAGGAACAAAAAAGCUGUUUGAUAUGUGGACGCAAAGUUUUACAGUGUAACACGUAACCGUUAAAAUCCGGAAUAUGACAUCUUAUCUCAAUACUAAGUGCAGAUAUUGACUUUUGGGUAGAUUAUAAAUUUGAGAGUUGUGACCGCGUGUGUGUGUAUGUGCGUUAUACUUUAAUAUGUCGAAGAUACGUGCCUUUUCCUAUACGAUAUAUUGUGUAUUUCAAAUAUCUCGUUAUUACACGGUAAAUCUCGAUGCAUUAAUCCUUCCACCAGUCAUUGCCAAUAUAGCAUUUAUUAAAUAAUAUCUGGUCAACGCAAUAGUAUCUACAUGUUAUAUAGCAAAUAAUAAUAUUAAUUAUUAUUAUAAUUAUUAUUAUUAUUAUUACUAUAUAUUUAAUACGUUUAUUAAGACAGAUCACGGCGUAUCCUAUAAAGUGGCCUUGGGCUGCUCGAAAGUAUAUGUUAUCUUGUAGCAAAUCAGAGAAAUCUUAUACUCGUCUCUGAUCUUUUAAGACAUUGAUGAUUUUUUUCUAUUCUUUUGUAUAAAGAAUAUUGAAGAAAUCGUAUUUAUAUAUUUCUGUUGUAUAAUAUAUAGAAUGUUUCUCUAAUUAAUCUUUUUUGUUUUCUUUCUUUUUUUUUAAUUUACGUUUUGCGAGAUUGCACAAUUAAUGUAUCCUGACAUAUUUAGCAUUUUGAUAUAAUAUAUUCCCAACAAAUGUUUGAAAAGUCGUCAUUAGUAGAAUUUGUUUCUGUAUUCAUCAUAUUUAUCGAUGCAUAUAAGUGAUAUUAGAAAAUUAUAAAGGUAAUAAAAUAUGUAAUAACACCUAAGGCCACCCACAAUAAGCUAAUGUAUAUGAAAAUGAGAAAAGCGAAGAGAGAGAGAGAGAGAGACCACGUCAUAUAUUAAAUAUAUCAAAAUAUAUAUAUGAGAUAAAAACAUUUGUAUGCAAAUUAUAUAAAUAUAAUGUGUCUUUAAGCGAUGAUGCUUUUUGCUGCACUCCAAUUACGUGCCCGUCCAAGCAUCCACGGAGGAUCCUUAGGAUAUUAUCAGUUAUAUAUAGUCAAUCCAUUAUUUAAAGAGAAACUAAUUUAGAAAUUCUAAUUUAGAUAUCUUUUACGUUAUGGAGGGCAGUAAAUAGCUUACGUAAAAUUAACAGGAUAUAAAUAUUAUUUAAUAAUUUUAAGGAGCAAUAAUAGUAAUAAUUUCGCAUUAUAAUAAAUAUGUCAAAAACUGUCUUGUA